AGCUAAUCUAGCUAGUUUCUUUCUCCAUUGACUUGUCAAUAACCAAGCCCCUCUCUCUCUCUCUCUCUCUCUCUCUCUCUCUCUCUCUCUCUCGCAUAUAGCAGAAGAACAAACACUGCAAUACACAGUAAACCAGCUGCAUGGAGGGAGAAGCUGACAGCAAGCUAGCUAGGGUUACAUAGAAUUGAAAAGAGAAACCGGGUUGUUUUAGGUGAGGAUAGAAAUGGUUACGGGGUGUUGGGUUUUGGUGGGAAUUGUUGUGGGAUCAAUAUGUUAUUACUGGUUUGUUAGUAGUUCUAAUAAGAGUAAGGAGAAGGAGGAGGAGGAGGAGGAGAAGGAGAACCAAGAUCAAUAUGUUAAAGGUCGUCCUCAAGUUCCGAAAGGGAGGUUAGGUUGGCCUUUGAUAGGAGAAACCCUCGACUUCAUUGCUUGUGGCUACACCUCUCGACCUGUCAGCUUCAUGGAAAAUCGCACAUCUCAGUAUGGGAAGGUUUUCAAGACACACAUUCUGGGAACCCCUAUCAUAGUGUCCACAGAUGCUGAAGUGAACAAGGUGGUAUUGCAAAACCAUGGCAACACCUUCGUUCCUGCUUAUCCAAAAUCAAUCAAAGAACUUCUGGGAAAAAACUCUAUUCUCCAAAUCAACGGAAGCCUCCACAAACGAGUUCAUGGACUCAUUGGCGGCUUCCUUAAGUCCCCACAAUUCAAAGCAAGAAUCACCAGAGACAUUGAAAACUCUGUCAAGCUCAACUUGGCUGGCUGGACAGAUCACAUGCAUCACCCCAUUUACAUCCAAGACGAAACCCAAAAGAUCACCUUUGAAGUUCUGGUUAGAGUAUUAAUGAGCAUUGGUCCUGGUGAAGAUUUGAACUUUCUCAAGAGAGAAUUUGAAGAGUUCAUCAAAGGCUUGAUCUGCUUACCUAUCAAGCUCCCUGGAACCAGGCUCUACAAAUCUCUCAAGGCUAGGGAGCGACUGUUGAAGAUGGUAGGGAAAAUAGUAGAGGAGAAGAGAAAGGCCAAAACCCAAGAGAGAGGAGGACCAGUCUGUGACGCAAUGGACGCGCUGUUAAGGGACAGCUGCGACUCGAACGACGCGCAACGCCUGCCGUUGGAUUACGUCGCCGGGAACAUCAUAGAGAUGAUGAUUCCGGGAGAGGAGACGGUGCCGAUGGCCAUGACCCUCGCCGUCAAGUACCUCAGUGACAGCCCCGUCGCUCUAGACAAGUUAAGGGAGGAGAACAUGGAAUUGAAGAAGCAGAAGGUUGAUUCCUCGGAAAAUUAUUUGUGGACCGAUUACAUGUCCUUGCCAUUUACUCAAAAUGUGAUAAGUGAGACUCUUAGAAUGGCAAAUAUUAUCAAUGCUAUUUGGAGAAAAGCUCCCGGAGAUGUUGAAAUUAAAGGGUAUUUGAUUCCAAAAGGAUGGUGUGUUUUGGCGUCUUUUAGUUCUGUCCACAUGGAUGAAGAGAACUACGAACACCCAUAUCAGUUUAAUCCAUGGAGAUGGGAGAAGGGAGAAGCUGCCUUAAACUAUAGUACUAGUUUUACACCAUUUGGUGGAGGACAGAGACUGUGCCCUGGUUUGGAACUAUCUCGUCUCGAAUUAUCAAUCUUCCUUCAUCAUCUUGUCACCAGUUAUAAAUGGGUAGCUGAGAAAGAUGAGAUUAUCCACUUUCCGACUGUCAAGAUGAAGAGGAAGCUCCCUAUUUCAAUCACAUCCACGAUCUCAUUAUCUGCUCUAGCUCAUCAAGGAAAUUCAGUACAGUAUAUCUCAAGCUAAGACCAAUCAUGGGGAUAUCAUUGAAGCCAACUAGCCCUGGACAGCCUAAUAGUAAUAGAGGUGGAUCAGGGAUGGGCUCUAUUCUAUUAUUAGUGUUAGCUCUGGUGUCACCAUCUUUGUCAAUUGCAGGUGCUUUUGGGCCCUUGGUUCUCAAAAAAUUGGAUGCAAGUGGGUGAUGAAUGAAUCCAACUCUAAGUCCCCAAUCCAUUAAUUUUGGUGUUUGAUCUGAUAACUACUGUACUCCGAAAUUUGGCCCUAUUCUGCAUAGGGGCUCCAGUGCCACCCCUCAAUAAUAUUGAGCUGGUGGAGCCAAACUAUGGUACCAUAAUUUCAUAACGAAAGGAAAUUUCUCUUGCCGGAAAUCUGCCAUGUUAUCUUGAAAAUGCUUUUAAUGUGGACUUUUUGUUACGGGAAUUAUGUUUAAAAUAGCAUGCUAACUACUUUAUACCCCCAACUCCAAAUAUUAUAUGUAAGAUUGUAAU